AUGACCCCGUUGGAGGCUCAAGAGGUUAUCGUCAAUAUCGCCAGCUACGAUAGCCCAGCAAUGCACGAGACCGCACUCCAAUUCGCUUUAUUCGGGACAUAUGCAAUCGAGACAAUUGCUUCGUUGUUGUUGAAAACCGGCAACUUCACCGACCCCAAAAAUAUGAUAAAACGCUACGUCGACACCGCCCAACUCAUCUCCGAAUGGAUCUACAACCCCCUCGACCACACUCGCGCCCGUCUCGCCUUUGCCCGAACCAAAUGGCUUCACGACCGGUAUGGCGCGAGGAUUAGUCGAGAUGAUUUGUUGUAUACGUUGGGGUGUUUUAUGUUUGUACCCGUCCAGAUGGUCGGAGCGUUGGAUUGGAGGGGAUUUGAGGGGGUGGAGAGGGAGGCUAGUUUUGUUUAUUGGAGGGAGAUUGGGGAGAGGUUGGGGAUUGAGGAUAUACCUGGGAAUUAUGGGGAGUUGUAUGUGUGGUGGAAGGAAUAUGAGGAUACGCAUAGCCGGCAUAACGGGGCUUCGGAUAAUCUCGCGACUUUGACGAUGAAUGUUAUUACGUUCCAAGUCCCUGGAUUCCUCAGAGAGCCGGCCAAGAAAUUCAUGAUAUGCGUCAUGGACGAUAAACUUCGUUCCUCGAUGGGUAUCCCCGCGUCCCCUGCGACAUACCACACGAUAUUUACUACCAUCAUCGGAAUCCGCAAGUUCAUCUAUCGAAACCUCCUCCUUCCGCGGCCAUCUUGGAAUCCAUACCAAACCAUCAACGAAAACCCGAAUCCAAAGACGGGGCGAUAUAUCCCGAGAGGAGAAGCGCCGGAACCGUGGUAUAUGCCUGAGACUUGGUGGGGGAUGUAUGGACCGUAUUCGUGGAUACAGAGGUUGAGGGGCCAGCCUAUGCCCUCGAAGGCGUUUGAGAGCGGGGGCUAUGCGAUUGAGAAUAUGGGGCCGGAGGCGUUGAAGAACAAGGGUGUUGAGGAGGUGAGGAUGAAUGCGAGGAAUAUGAGGAGGUGUCCGAUGGCGUUUGCUUAG